AUGCAAAAGAACAAUGAGAUUUACACAGCUUAUGCAAGGCAAGAACCUCGUAAUUUGCCUUCUUGUAGUGCAAGUGGGGAUCAUUCAGCUGAAUUUCUCGCUAAAAUUCAAGGUUUUUCAUCACUAAAAAGGAGUUUCAAGGAAAAGCCCUUAGUUGGGGUUGCCAUGAAGGGGAUCCAGAAGCUCCUCGGAAGUUCUCGAGCACUUUGGUCACCAAUUCACUGGAGACCACACCAUCAAGUCUACCAUGGUGAAGGCAUAACUUCAAAACUAGGUGUCUUGAAAAGGUUGGUGAAGAAGCUCACCAAGAAGGAAGAUGUGGGAGCUGAUGCAGACAACAAUGGAGAAGAGUGGAUGGAUAUCUAUAAGAAUGAGAAUCCGAAGCCUGGUUUUGAAUCCUUUGAAAUGGCUGCAUUGUCAACACAUGGUACACGCGAUCUCUGGGAAGUGGUGGCUGAGAUACGUGAUGAGUUUGUAGUUGCUACUGAAUAUGGGAAAGAGGUUGUGCUGAUGCUUGAGGUUGGAAAGCUGCCAUAUAGAUAUAGUUUUCUUAAAGGAUUACUCUUAAGGCUUCUAAAAUCAUCAUCCGGCAUUGAGUCGCCUUAUAACCUUUCAUCCACAUUGGAGAAGUUGUAUGUGUGGGAAAAAAAUUUUUACAAGGCGGUGAAGGCAGAAGAGAAACUUCGGAUUAUUAACAAAAAGCAGUGCGAACAACUCACUCAUUUGGAUAAGAAUGGUGCUGAACCCAACAAAAUUGAUGCCAUGCGUGCUUCCAUUCGAAACUCAGAUACCAAGUUAAAAUUUUGCUUCAAAACAAUUACUGUUAUAACAAUCAGGAUAGACAAGUUAGGAGAUGAUGAGGAGCUUCAACCACAAGUUGCUGGCCUAAUUCACGGGCUCAUUACAAUGUGGAAGUCGAUGCUUGGCUGUCACCAGAAACAUUUCCGAGCUAUCAUGGAAAGUGAAAUUAGAAUGUUGAAGGCAGACACCGGUUUCCAAAAAGACUCUAACUCAAGGGCUUCUCGGAAACUUGAGGCGGAACUUAGGGCAUGUGAUCCCAAUUGUACUACUUCAAAACUUUUUAAUUCCUUGCAAAAACCCAAUUCCCUAUCAUCUUUGUUAAUGUUUCAUUAUCAAAAAAAAUUAAUAGAAUUUCCAACGAAUGCAACUCAUAUUGUCUUCGGGCUUCAAGGCUCCGAAAAGACUUUUCAUUUUAGAAAAGCCUAUGUUGAAUCAUGGUGGAGACCAAAUAAAACAAGGGGUUAUGUUUAUCUUGACAAAAACCCUACCGGUGAUCUUCUUCCAUGGUCUACCAAAUCGCCCGCGUAUAGAAUCAAUGAUGAUUUGAGCAAACUGAUAGCCGAGAUCAGACCAAGAAGCACACUUAUGCCACGAAUGGUUCAUGGGAUUCUCGAGUUGUUCCGUGAAGAACACGAAGGAAUGAGAUGGUUAGUCAUGGGAGACGAUGAUACAAUGUUUUUCGUGGAUAAUUUGGUUGAUGUGCUUUCAAAAUAUGAUCAUAAGAAGUAUUAUUAUAUCGGAUAUCCAUCUGAAUUUGUUUUGUCAAACCAUUGGUUUAAUUUUAAUCAAGCAUUUGGUGGUGGUGGGAUUAUUCUUAGUUACCCAUUGGUGAAAGCAUUGGUUAAUGAUAUUGAUCGAUGCCUUAGAACUUAUUCAAAUCUUUCAGCUGAUUUGAUGACAAUGGCUUGUGUAGCUGAUAUUGGUGUGAAUUUAACUCCCCAUAAAGGUAUCCACCAGAAUGAUUUAAGAGGGGAUUACUCAGGUUUCCUGUCAUCCCAUCCCAAGGAACUUGUUCUAUCUCUUCACCAUUGGGAUGUCUUAGAUCCAAUCUUCCCUACCAUGAACCGCUACCAAUCAGCUCAACACCUCAUGAAGGCAGGAGACGUUGACCAAUCACGUCUUUUCCAACAAACAAUCUGCUACCACAGGCAAAUGAACUGGACAUUUUCUAUUUCAUGGGGUUAUUCAGCUCAUAUCUAUGAAAAAAUCCAAGCAAGAAGUUGGAUAAUGACACCAAUUGAAACAUUUCGUGGCUGGUCAGGAAAUAGGCAGCAACCAAAGUUCAUGUUUAACAUAAGGAGACCCUUUGGUGAUCCUUGUGAAGCCCCUCAUGUUUUUUUCUUUGAAUCCAUUGAGAAAAUGCCAAACAGCAAUGAUAUUCACACAGUUUAUGCGAGGCAAGUACCUCGUCAUUUGCCUUCUUGUAGUGCAAGUGGGAAUCAUUCAGCUGAAUUUGUUGCUAAAAUUCAUGUUUUCUCGUCACCAAAGAGGCGUUCUCAGGUUGAUCGAGCCGAAUGUUGUGACAUAGUUCGUGUAGAGGGGACUGGGAAAGCAGAAGUAAGGUUUAGAGAGUGCAAACUAGAUGAGAUCAUGGCUUAA